AAUUCAUUUGCAACAAAACAAAUCGCCAGCCCAACCCGUGGGAACGGGGAGCCAGCCGACUUGGCUCAGCCCUAUAAGGCACGCCAAGUGCGGACCCUCCCCUUAGCCGAGUAGCCAAUCAGGGUGGAUCAGGCCGUGGCUUCCGUGAGGUUGGCCUCGAACUGGCCUGAAAUGCGCGCCGACCGGGACAGAAAGUGAGGUGGAGAGGGAGUGGAUGUGCGCUGCAUUUCAUUCUGUCGUCCCGCCCGUCUGUCUUCUCUCCUCUUCUCCCCCUCUCCUUCUUCUCCUUCCCUUUUUUUCACCCCCUUCUCCCCCUUCUCUCCACCUCUUUGCUUUCUCCCCUUCUUCCCUUCUCCCCGCCGUCUUCUCGCCCCCCUCAUCCAUCCUGCCGGUCCCACGCCCGUGAGAGGAGCUUGCCUCCUCUGGUCUCCUGCCCCCAUGCCCCCCUCGCAGGAUACCUUAUCGCCCCUGGUCUCCGACAAGACCUUUCAUCAUGAGGAGCAUGAGACGGGCGAUUUACCCCCGUCGUCGGUCACCCUCGUCCGCCACAGACGGAAGUUUGUUGUCACAAAUCCGGCCUGGUACCGAAAUAGCUUGUUGGCCAGUGUGGGCUUCCUUGAAUUCGCCAACGCAGGCGACUUUGCAGCAAAUGUGUGGAACGACGUACCCGUACCGUUGUACGCGGUCAUCUUCAUGGCCAUCGGAGGCCCAUUAGCCCUCCUCAUCAGCGUCGCUGCACUUUGGGAUGGCAUACUCAGCUGGAGAAAUGUCCGCAUCCUACAAACCGAACGACAGUACCUUAAGGCCCUUCGACUGCAGUAUCUCGAUCCACCCACACCAACCUCGGUAGACCAUGCCGCGGUCCGGCUGAUUGACCGCCGCCUCGGCGUUGGCUUUCGCGAGUUGGGCUCCGAACUCAUCGACCGCGUCAUCAUGGAUGUAUUUCUUGGCAUCGGUGCUCUCUUGGUCGGCACCGGCACAAUAAUGGCUAUUUGGGGUGCCCAUCGCCACAUCUACUUCAUCAGCAAUCUUCUGUCCGGCUUUGUGGGCAACUCUUUCGCCGCCGCAUAUGGUGUCCUCAACGCUGUUUGGUCCGUGUAUCUCAUUUGGCGAUUUCAUGGACACGACCGUGCAUGUAUGCGCUCCCCCGCCACCACGCCCUUUCGCGAUCGCCUUCACCGUCGCUUUCAAUACUUCAAGUGGCACUCUCUUGUCAGCGGGAUCACCGGGCUAGUUGCAGGUGCAGCCUCAAUGCUCACUUGUCAGCGAUGGUGGGGAUAUGUCAUGUUGAUACCCUGUAUGCUACUGGAGGUGGGUUGCAACCAGUUCUGGCGCGUUCAGCUGGGCUACGAUCGCCAGAUCGUGACUGAGCAUCCGCACUGGGGGUUGAUCCCGGAUUUCAAAGAAUGUAAAGAAGAUGAAGAGAAGGACAGCAUCCUCCUUGACACGCUGGCGUCUGUCAUUGGUAUGCAAAAUGCCAUGACGCCGCUUCCGACAGCCAUGAUAGACGUCGACUGGACCUCGCUCGACUCUCUACUGUCGUUCAUCGUCCACAACCACCUCUUCGAUUCUCUUUGCGGCUGGCUCGCAACGCACUCCUCUGUGCCAAUAGACCUCAAAAAUGGCAUAUUCCGCCUACCCGCGGAGUAUACGGAAAUCACAUUGACGCUGGCAGACCUUCACAGUCUGCCCGAUGCCGAGCGUCCCCGACUUCACGAAUUCUGUCGGAAUUUUUUAUAUACCGAAGGACGUCAGGUAAUGCUCGGCCGGGAACGUUAUUUAUUAGAGAUGGUCGGGUACACCGCUUGGAAAGAUGGUUAAAGUUACCCCCAUAUAUGAUGCCGUAAUGCUUGCAUUCUUGUAUAUACGCAUGAAGAGUGAUGAUUCGAGCAUACGGCUACGAAGACUCGCGCCGGCCCACGGGUCAUGAUGACUCUAUAUAAAUGACUAAUGUUUGUUCUGUUGCUCUCAAUGAUUCCGUGGGUAGGCUACUCUUCGACCAAGACUAUCGUAAUUUCAUAUUAAGAGGAUAGUAGUAAUAAGGCAAAGGCGGAGAUACAGAAGAGAAAUUAGUACCGAGGCCAAAUUUUGAAACGCAAAGACGACCGCAGAAGAAAAGAAAAACGAUUGAUUUGUCUAGACACGCAGUCGGUUGCAAUUUAAUCAUUCC